AUGAUUAGAUUUAUUAAAUUAAUGUUAGUUUUAUUACAUGGGUUAUUUACAUCAUCUUCAUAUAAUUUAAAAGGUAUAGCUUUGGAAAAAGCGAGAGAUGAAAACAUUCGAUAUCCUCUUAUACUAAUACAUGGAAUUGGUGGAACACAAGCAUUAUGUAAACCAACUGACAAACAAUCACAUACGAAACCAUUUACACUUUGGGUUAAGUUACUUUAUUUUUUGAUCCCGGAAAAAUUAUUCACUUAUAUGGGAUUAAUUUAUGAUCCGAAGACAAAACAAACGAGAGACAGAGAGUUGUGUAAUGUUGAAUUCCCUGGUUGGGGUGAUACUUGGGCUAGUGAAUAUUUAUCUGAAGAAAAAUAUCCAUUAACAAGUUAUAUGAAGUCACUUGUUCAAAGUUUAACAGAGGACAAAUUUUUUGUGCGAAAUAAAACAAUACGUUCUGCACCGUAUGAUUUUCGCAAAGCGCCAAAUGAAAACGCAAAAUAUUUCGUCAAAUUAAAGGAAUUGGUUGAAGAGACCUAUGAAAAUAGUGAAAAAUGUCCAGUUUACUUAUUGGGCCACAGUUUAGGAUCAUUGUACUCAAUGUAUUUUUUAAAACUGCAAGAUAAAAGAUGGAAACAUAAAUAUAUCAAGGGAUUUAUAUCUGUGUCAGGUCCUUUUGGUGGAUCUGUUGAAAGUUUGUAUGCGGAAACCUGUGGUCAUAACUUCGGAAUUCCAUUUCGUUCUCCACUAGCAUUUCGUGACAUUGAAAGAUCAUUUCCCGCAAUGACAUUUCUUCUACCAGAUCCACGUGUGUGGUCAGCAAGUGAGAAGUUCGUUAUAACUCCGAAAAGAAAUUAUUCAGCACAUGAUAUGAAAGCAUUUUUUAAUGAUAUUUCUUUCCCUCAAGGUUAUUUGAUGAUGAAAGAAACCAAAAGUCUAUUUAAUCCAUCUGAAAGGCCUACUGAUAUUGAAGUUUACUGUGUUUAUAGUUUUAAUAUUCCAACAAUAUUACAGAUGAUUUUCAAUAUUCCAGGACCACAUCGUUCUGCCUUUCCCAAUCAGAUACCAAAAUUAAAAUAUGGUGAUGGUGAUGGUGUUGUACCGUUAAAAAGUUUAUCUGUUUGUAAUAAAUGGAAUUAUGUUAAUGUAGUUGUGUUGGAACAAAGUUCACAUGAAGAUAUUGUACAAGAUGAUCGUUUUAUUAAAUAUUUGAAGAAAUUACUUAUUAAUGAUUGA